AUGGAAUGCAACAAAGAUGAAGCCACAAGAGCCAAAGAUAUGGCCGAAAAGAAAUUAUUGGACGGAGACAAUCAAGGAGCCAAGAGGUUGGCUUUGAAGGCUCAAAGUCUCUUUCCUGGACUUGAUGGUUUGAGUCAGUUCAUCGACGUCAUCAAUAUACACGUUGCAAGUGACUGCAGAAUAAAUGAGUUUCCCAAUUAUUAUAGCAUAUUGGGGGUCGAUCCAUUAGCUGAUGAGGAUACAUUGAAGAAACAGUAUCGGAGAAUGGCCCUCUCCCUUCACCCAGAUAAGAACAAAUCAGUAGGUGCGGAUGGAGCAUUUCAAAUACUGUCACAGGCAUGGAGUGUACUAUCCGACAAAGAGAGCAGAAAUGGUUAUAAUCUGAAGAUAAACAUGCUGCCUCGGAAUCAAAGGGGUAGUGCUGCUUCAACUAGUGCUCCACAUAUGGAUUCCCCAACUUCUACUGAUCCAACACGUUUUCGCCCGAGACCAACAGCAAGUCCGCAAUACCAUUUUGCUGCACCGCAUCUGAGAUAUUCACAAUUCACCGCACAUGGUGUUCCUUUCCGUCAGGACAACUUUUCAAGAUCUGUACCGCCGAGGAUUCCUGCAUUCGGAGUACCUAAUCCAUCCCGGCCUCCUAGGAAUGAUAAUAUGUCUUCAACACGUACAUCUGCACCCAGGUUUUUUUCUUCAAAUUCAGCUGCUCACUCUCAUAAUGCAGCAGUCUCAGUGCAGUCCAUGUCGAGUGCUAACCAGGCAAGACCGAACACAUUUUGGACAUCUUGCAUUUGGUGCAAGACGCACUUUGAGUACCGAAAUUUGUAUUUGAACAAGAAUCUGGAGUGUCCUCGGUGCAAACAGGCAUUCCAGGCAACGGAGAUUUCUGCUCCAAAUUUACAAGCUCAGGGCUCACACUAUUGGAGCAUCACCCAUAACUCUGAGGAUCUAACAACAUUCUUGAGCCGUCUAAGAAGUGUGGCAUCCAAAACAAGGGUGGAGGAAUCGAAGAAGUAG